AUGCGGUGGAUGCUGAAGAGCUUCUGGGGGGACAUUACCCAGCUGCUGCUGUUUGCUCGUCAGGCUGCAGCAGCAGAAGCAGAAACAGAAGCAGCAGCAGCAGCAGGAGGAGGAGGAGCAGCAGCAGCAGCAGAAGCAAGCAGCAAGGAUCUCGUGCUGCAGCUGCUGCUAGCCAUCAGCAGCAAACUGCUGCUGCGGUGGGUUCUCCCCCUCGAAGCAGCAGCAAGACGCCUGCUGCAGGCUGUCUGCCGCUGCUGGGCUUUCUCUAAGCAGCAGCAGCAGCAGCUAGCUGCCUUUGCUGUGCUGCGCAGCUUGCUGCUGCUGCAGCAGCAGCAGCAGCAGCAGAUGGGGUCAGCAGCAGCAGCAAAGGGGGCAUCAAAAGCAGCCCGUUCUUCAGGAGCAGCAGCAGCAGCAGGAGCAGCAACAGCAGCAGCAGCAGCAGCAGUUGCUGCUGAAGCAAAGGAGCAGCAGCUGCUGCAGCAGUUGGCUCUAACUGUGCGUAGCGCGGUUGCAGCAGGGGGUGCUUCCUCUUCUUUUGCUGCAGCAGGCCGCAGCAGCAGCAGCAGCAGCAGCAGCAGCAGCAGCAGCAAGAAGAAGAAGAAGAACAAAGAAGUUUAUAAGAAGCAGCAUCGGCAGCAGCAAGCGCAUGCACUGCUCUGCUGCUGGCCCUUUAUACACAGCUGCAGCUUAUGGGGGGAAUCCUUAUGCAUGCAUGAUGGGGCUUUGAGGCCUUUGCUGCUGCCGCUUGUAUCUGUUGCUGCUGCUGCAGUCAAGCUGCAGCAGCAGCAGCUUGCUGCUGCUCCCUUCUGUCUCAAUAUGCUUGCUGUUAUAGGCAGAGCUGGUGCAGCAGCAGAUGCCCUCGUUCCUGUUGCUGCUCCUCUUCUCGCUGUGCUGCAGCUGCUGCUGCAGCAGCACGCGGUUGUGUGUAGACGCAGCAGCAGAGAUGCAGCAGCAGCAGCAGCAGCAGCAGCAGCAGCAGCAGCAGCAGCAAGAGAUUCCAGAAAAAGAAAAAGAGCAGCAGCAAAAACACAUGCAGCAGCAUCAGAGCCUCUCAAGCUGCAGCAAGCUGCUGCUGCUGCAGCAGCAGAGACAUGCCUUAAGAUCGACCAGGCGCAGCAAAUGUCUAUCCAUCACUGGGGUGCAGCAAAGAAGCUGCAGCAGCUAGCAGCAGCAGCAGCAGCAAGCGGGGAGACAGUGAAGCAGCUGCGGCUGUCGCUGCAGCAGAUGCCGCUGGGGCGAGUUAAGGUGCUGCAGAUACAGCAGCACAAGCAGCAGCUGCCGUUGCUGGAUCUAUCCGAGAGGCUUAUGAGAGAGAGACAACGCGCAUUGGCUGACGGCAUUAAAGACGAAGCAGCAGCAGCAGAACAUCGGCGAAAGAAAGCAAUCGAAGAGAAGCUUACCCCCAAACAACUAAAGAGGAGGAGACAGAAGGAGCAGAAGAGAGCUGCUCUGCUGCAGCAGCAGCAGGAGCAGCAGCAGCAGCAGCAGAAGCAGAAGAAGAAGCAGCAGCAGCAGCAGCAGCAGCAGCAGCUUGCUGCUGACAGCCCCAAAAAGAAAAGAAAAGAGAAAAACAACGAAGCCAAUUCGGUGCAGCAGGAUGCUGCUGAAGAGGAUGCCCUCGAGGAGUUUGACAGCGAAUUCAGCGACGAGUAA